AUGGCGCAGCAGAAAGACGAGAUCCUCCAGAACAUACGGCAAUAUGUUCAAAAUGCACAACAGCUACAUGAAGAUUCGAUGGAGCUUGACGCGUCUGACACGGAGGCUCUGGCCAAAACAGUGAGGGAACUACAGGCACGCGUCGAGGAACAACAAAGUGCGCUGGAAAGACUCCGAGCACGAUCGAAUGUCGAUGUUGAAUCUGCAGCAUACGCUUCUUCAAAUUCACAUGAGAAGCUUCGACAACUUCUUGCCGUCAAAGAUGCUUACGCACGCCUCACGCCCGUCUCAUCUUUUCUCCCCGGAAAAGAGUCCAUACUUCCACCGCUUCUGGCUGCACGUACUCUCCAGCGGAAUGUCCAGGGAGCCCAGAAGACAAUUCCCAGCACACAAAGUAAGAUCAACGGAGCAGAAACAAUCUUGCGCCGCGAGGAAGCAAACUUGAACGAUGCAAACCUUCUCACGCAAGCUAUGGAGAAUCGGAUCGAGAGACUCCGUGCACAGCAAGAAGAACGAUCCCAGAAAACCCCUGCGCAGCUUGCUCGCGAGUUGAUCGCAACUAAGCGUGCACAAAAGGACGGGUACGACGCCGCUACCCAGACGCUUGGAGAAGCCAUGAAUGAGUUCAUCAAUGACUAUCUAGCCGCAAUGAUCGCAGCAGAAGAGCUAGGUGGACCGGUGGUAGGCGAUAUGCUCGACGUGGAAGACAAUACCCUAGCAGCAGGCUUUACCAAGCAAGGCCGAGCAAAGUCAACCAGGAAGGCCGUGCCUGACAAAACACGCCAGCGCAGAAUUGAUCAGAUCUGGGGAAACAAAGCAGCUAUUGAGGAGGACGAGGAGCCCCCAACAGAGGCCGAGGCAGCCGACGCGGAGAUGCGGCAAUUGAUCGAAAACUUGUUCGCAACGUUGAUCGGCCCUGGUAGAGGGAGGGCGUACUUCCAACUUCAGCGGGAGUCAGCAGCGACACGAUUCUUGGUCCGAGCGAGGAUCGCACAAUUCCAUCCCAAGGAUGCGAAGAAGCUGCGACUCAUUGAUUUCGGAAGGGAGUUGGAUGAUUGA